GGACUUUCUGUACAAGGAGGUUCGGUGAGUCUUACGCAUGAAGAAGAAAGCAAUACAAAGCUCCUAAUAUGGCUAGCGAUAAAAAGACAGGAAAAUCUUCAAAAGGUACGAAGUCCAAUGCAGAAAUAUUAUCUGAAUUUCAAAUGCUUCGCAAUGAGCAAAGGACAAUGGCUAAUAAAUUGUCAGAAAUUGAAAUGGAAUUGAACGAACAUAAGAUUGUAAUUGAUACAUUAAAGAAUAUAGAUCCCAAAAGAAAGUGCUACAGAAUGACAGGAGGUGUUUUAUGUGAACGUACUGUAGAAGACGUGAUGCCUGCAUUGGUAACAAAUAAAGAACGGUUAACUAUAGUAAUAGAUGUUUUAAAUGAUCAACUAAUGAAAAAAGGAAUUGAAAUAAAUGAAUUUAAAGAAAAGCAUAAUAUCAAAAUCAGAGGGCAACAGGACAUACAACGACAAGGUGAAGAGAAAGAUUCUACAGAAGCAAAAAGAAGUGCAGUUGUUGUUGAUUCAUUAUUAAGCAAUUAUGCAUAAAAAUCAAAGUUUCUUGUUUAUAAUACAUAUUACAUUUAUAUUUGAAUUAUAUAUUGGUAUUUAUUUAUUAAAUCUUCUAUAAAACAUUAUAGUUAAAAUUUUCAAAAAUUCAAUUUUUUAACAACUACAUAUUUUGUAUAAAAUAAAAAAUACUCAGUCAGUUUUGUUUGAUGAUGCCAUUCUGAUCUUAGGUAACCACGUAAAGGUCAUCAAAGACCACCAUUUAUUUCUUUUAUUAUAUAUUUUUACAACUAAUUGUCAUAACGUUUUCAAACUGGUAUGAAGACUUCAGGUGAUUAGUGUACAUUAUCAAUAUUUCAGAGUAUUCAUAAUUAAUGUAUUGUCAAGAAACAUUAACAUCAUGUUCCCAAAUUUAUAAUUAGUAUAUUGCCAAUAUAUGUAAAAGCUUCCGAAAUAUUGAUAGUACAAUUAUGUAUAUUGAUCAUCUGAGAUCUGCAAUAUAAUUAAACAGUUUUU